AUGGGGGCGGGCGGGAGGGGUGCGGCGGGGAGGACGCCGGCGUGCGCCCCUCCCCGGCCUCCCAGCUCCUCCCUCCGGGCACGUGACGCCACCGUCCGCUCCCUCGGUGGCGCAGCGCUCUGUUUCUGCCCUCCCGCCGCGGCGCCCUUCUUCUCCCGGUCCCGUCCCGCCGCCUCCCCCACUCGUCCCACAGCAGCCAAUCACCGCUCGAGCUCGCGAGCGCCCGCCCCACCACCCCGUUCCACGCUCUCCCAUUGGCCGGAACCUCAAGGGCGCAUCCCGAGGGCGGGCGGGCGCGAGGAAGGCGGGAGACGGCGCAGUUUGAAUCGCGGUACGACGGAGGAGUGGGCGCCGGGAUCUCGCUGUGCGUCCGCCUGGCCUCGUCUCUUCCUCGCUUAUCCGAGCUUCAGCACAGUCCGAGAUGGUAACGUGGACAGUGACGGCCCGGCCGCCGCGGGCUGCGGGCUCCGAGCGGGCGGGGCCGCCGUGCCCGGGGCUCGGGGAGAGGCGGCGGCGGCGGGUGGGAGCGUGCGGAGACGGGGUCGGGGCGAGCGGAGGGAGGUGUUUCGUGAGCCCGGGGCCCCGGGCGGGAGGCGACGGUUGGGGGGCGCGCACGGCGCAGCCAGGAGCCGGCGCGGGGGCGCGCCGCGGCGGCGGGCGCGCGGCGGGGCAUUACUGGAAAUAAUUAUGAAGAAUGGAAGCACCGCUGGAAAUAGCACACAUUGCCGAAAACCCCCAGGUAGUGGGGAGCAGAGCAAGCCUAGCUGCGCGAAGGACGGCACCCCGGGCAGUGGCGAAGGCGGAAAAGUCUAUACCAAAGACCAAGUAGAAGGAGUUCUCAGCAUUAACAAAUGUAAAAAUUACUAUGAAGUCCUCGGAGUUACAAAAGAUGCUGGUGAUGAAGAUUUGAAAAAAGCUUAUAGGAAGCUUGCUUUGAAGUUUCAUCCAGACAAGAACCAUGCCCCUGGAGCCACGGACGCUUUCAAAAAGAUUGGAAAUGCUUAUGCCGUUUUAAGCAAUCCAGAGAAACGAAAACAGUAUGACCUCACAGGCAGUGAAGAAAAUGCUUGUAAUCACCAGAACAACGGCAGGUUCAAUUUCCACCGAGGCUGUGAAGCCGACAUCACUCCAGAAGACCUGUUCAAUAUCUUUUUUGGCGGUGGAUUUCCUUCAGGUAGUGUACAUUCAUUUUCAAACGGCCGGGCUGCUUACAGCCAUCAACAUCAGCACCGACACAGUGGGCAUGAAAGAGAAGAAGAAAGAGCAGAUGGAGGUUUUUCUGUGUUUAUCCAGCUGAUGCCCAUUAUUGUAUUGAUCCUCGUAUCGUUGUUAAGCCAAUUGAUGGUCUCGAAUCCUCCUUAUUCCUUAUAUCCCCGAUCUGGAUCAGGACAAACUAUUAAAAUGCAGACAGAAAACUUGGGCGUUGUUUAUUACGUCAGUAAGGACUUUAAAAGCGAGUAUAAAGGAUCGCUAUUACAAAAGGUAGAAAAGAGCGUGGAAGAGGAUUAUGUGACUAAUAUUCGAAAUAACUGCUGGAAAGAAAGACAGCAGAAAACAGAUAUGCAGUAUGCAGCAAAAGUGUAUCGCGAUGAGCGGCUGCGGAGGAAGGCAGAUGCCCUGAGCAUGGACAACUGCAAAGAGCUGGAGCGGCUGACCAGCCUCUACAAGGGGGGAUAGGCUGGGCGUCCUGCCUACUUCCUUCAGUGUACUCUGUCUUUUCUGUACAUUUCAUUUCGCCAUGAAGCUGAGGAAGAUUUGAUUAAAGACUAAGCUGAGUAGCUGAUUCCUGAAAUCUUGGACUGUUAAUGAUCUACUGGCUCGUUUCAAUAGUAAGAACUGAAAACUAAAUAUUUUAGUAUGCUUCUGCAUUUACUUUCACUUUAAAAUCUUAUAUGAUUCCUUACAAUAUCUGGAGAAGAUUAUCACACCUGUAGCAAUUGCCAGUUUUUGUGAUUCUCCAUUAUUCCUUUGCCAUGUAAAUAGUUUUAGAAUGAUUUUGUGUAUAUAUGAGCGCUUGUCUUUUAUUUAAAUUAUUUUAGUGUUUAGCUCCAUGAGACACUUUGUUCAAGCUGAUGGAAUGAAUGUCUAUAACACAAUCACAUUUCCAUUAGGUGUUUGGGUGUGUGGAGUUUAAACAGUGAAGAUUUUUCAAAAAAAAAUUAAAAGUUUAUGUAAAAUCUUAUAUCAAUGUAGAAGGAAUUGACAUUUUUAAUAUUGUUCUUAUAUUCCAGAAUAUGUAAUGAGAUAAAUGAACUGGUGUAUACUAUCAGUAUGCUCUUUAGUUUUAUGAAUUGCUAAGCCAUACAUAGGAACGAAAUGCUAUAGGAUAGAUUUAAAGAAAAUAUGAUGAUAAAAUUAUGCUAAAUGAGUUUUCAAUGGUAAGUUGCAGUUAUGCCACUCACAAUUCCAGGAACUAAAAGUUAGCCCCAAAUGUUCGUUUAUGUGUCCUUCAAGGCUACUGAGGCUUAUGAAGCAAAAGAUGGACCUUAUUCCCAUGGAAAUUCAGUUUCAUGGAGAUAACUACAGCAGGACCCCAAAGCAAACGGAUUCUUCUACAAAUAAGUAGGAAGAACAAAAUGACCACUACACCCAGCUUUGUGCCUUUCCACCUGUGGCUGGCUCACCUGGCAGCAUGGCCUGUUGGGACACAGCAGUCCUGAGCAGAGAUAGAGCAGCAGCUAGAGCAGUGACUGAUUGACAGCAAGUCAGCAGAGCGUGACUCCACCAACCAGGCCACUCCUCAGAUCUUUACAAUAAGCUCCUUGUAACUCAAUCUGUAAUAUACAGUGGGCACACACAGCGGGGACUUGAAGUCUUGGUGCUUCUUGGGUUUGGCAUGGCUUCUGGUCUUGUGUAUUUAACAGUAGUGAGGGCCUAAUGCCUCUGCUUCGCACAGGUCAAGAAUUACAAACACAUUUUGACAGUUGUCACACCCCCACCAUCCCUUGCUCAAGAGUGAGAAUGUCAGGCAGAUUGGCUUUGUGCUUUUCCUUAGGGAUUUCUUCCUAAACAUUGUUGAUUUCUGUCCGCUGUUGAACUGUUUAAACCAGUCUCUUGUAUUUUGCUAUGAGAUUCUUCAGUGGAAACACCUGACUAUAAUAGUGGGUUAAGUUACACACUUUGUCCUAGGAGUCUGGGCAACUCAACCAACCUUCUAGAAAUAUGCCCUUUUUAGGAGAGCUAUGAAGAAAGUAGAGGCUUGUUUUACAGUUCUCAAGUAAUGCAUUUAAUGGGAAACUACUAAAAUGCUGUAUAUCUAGUCAUCUUUAAUACAGACCUUUUCCUCACAAUCUACAUAUUUUUGUUACUCUAAAAAUGGAAUCUGAGGAAUAACUUCAGAAGACCACGCCCCACAACAGCCGCGUCUAUCUCUCCAGCCUGUGUCUAGCAGUUUUGACUGCCUCUGGUGCAGGCUGGCCUGCAUGCGCUCACAGAGGCCGGGCCUUGACAGAGAAAUUGCUGCUCUUUGCUUGGAAUAAACCUGGGCCGAGUUUAGCACCACACUCAGAAUUCCAGGGCACUCUCGGCCUGUUCUCCGAGCCUUCUGAGUUCUCUCCUGCUUCCUUCAGCAAAUGCCCUGUCUGACCAUUAGUCCGAAUUAGUGCUUCGUCCACAUGAAUGGUUUUCCAAGGUUGCACACCUCACGCACAGCUGUUCAUAUCUUUCAUUAGAAUCUACUUCAGCUGUCACUUCAGCAUUCACUGUGAAGACUUCUGAAUUCCACUGAAUUAUUCUUUUAGUUUCUCUGCAUCUUCGUCACCUGCUGAUCUUGUUCUCUGGUACAAGAUGAUGAAGCUUAAAGCUGCCCCUGAUCCCUGAGGAGGCUGCCAUGCUGCUUUUGUGAUUUUUUUUUUUUUUUCUGUGUUUGCUUGUUGCGUCUGUUUUUUUAAAAUUUGAAUCAGGGUCUAUGUAGCCCUGGCUGGCUGGCUGAAACUCAAACUGUAGACCAGGCUGACCUGGAACUCACAGGACUGGCCUGUGCUCCACCACCUCAUCCCCCGCCCCCAUGCUAGGAUUAAUGGCAUGGGCUCCCACACCCGUGUGGGAGUAUUUUCAAUCAGAGAAGUACAUAGUUUUCCAUUUGCCAUUAAGAUCAUGGAUCUCAUGUUUAGCAUCCAUUGAAAUAUCCAUUUCAAAUUCUCUUGUUUUUAAAACUCUCUGGCAACUAAUUUCUUACAUUUCUUGUUCAUGUAGGUCCAUUGCUCUUACUUUUUUAAGUCCAGAGCACUUUCUUUAGGUCUUCAUUUUUCUACUUUAGAUUUAAAGAAUGUCACCUUGUACACAUUGUUUCAACUCAGUAACUUUCCUUAGUUGUUCCUUUUCAUCUCCAGCCGUAUUUGCACUGAUCAUCUCAGUCUCUUCAUCUUUCACCCAUCGCUCUUUUAGCAUAGCCUUUAACUUGGAACAUUCAACCUCAAGCUUUUGGGAUUCAGCUCUCAGUCAUUCCUGUGAUUCCGCAACUGUUUGAAAUGGUUUUAUUUUGAUUAUUUUUACAUUUAUGGUGUGUGUGUGUAAACUAGAAUGUGUGUGAUUACAUGUGUGUGAGCAUAUGUCUAUAAGUGAGUGUAUGUGAGUGUAGUGUGUACACAUGUGUGAGUUGAAUGUGUGUGAUCAAGUGUUUGUGUGUGUGUGCGUGUAUGUGUGUGUAUGUGCCACGGUGCACAUGUAGAGUUCAGAGAACAACCUACAGGAGCUAGUUCUCUUUCUAUACCUUUUUAAAUCUUGUGGAUUAUGUUCAAGUUGUUAGACUUGUUCAGGAAGGUGUUUUUUUUUUUUUUUAACCACUGAGCCAUCUCACCAGCCCUCAGAUUGUUUUAUAGCUUUUAAUUUCAUAGAUGGUGUCCUCAGAGAGACUUCCCCUCUUCACUAUAUAGAUACAGCUCUUUCUCCCUGGUAACUAUGUGUAAUUUUUUCAUUUUCUCUUUCCUGCUUUUUAUGCAUUAAUCACACAAUGGGUUUCAUGUGACAUUUUCAUACACACAUAUAAUACAUUUCAUCAUCUUCACCCCUACAAACCUCUCGUUUCCCUCCUACUCCAGUGCUCUUCUUCCUCUUCCCAGAUCGUCCCUCUUCUCAAGUCUUGUUGUUGAUGUUGUUGAUGCUGAUGUUGCUGACAUUGAUGUUGCUGUUGUUGCUGAUGAUCCAAAGAGUUUUCCUUAUGGUUGCAUGGAUGGGUAUAGGUGAGGGUUAUUUACAAGAACGUAGACACUAGUGCCUGCAACCCUAAAGAAAAGUGUGUGUCCCUCCUUCAUCAACCACUAACUGCCCCAGAUCCUCAGGGAGGCUUAGGGCCUCAUGAGCCCUUUCCUCCUCCAGGGCAGGAUGUGGACAGGCCCUGUCUUACAGAGACCUUGUGCAGAAUCACAAUGUGUGAUGACUGUGUCAUGGCCAGAAGACAGUAUUCCACUAUCCUUCACCCCUUCUUGUAUUAUUCUCACCUCAUUCUGUAGCAUUUUUUGAGCCUCAGAGUGGGUAGUGUUUGAUGUUCCACUUAUGCUGAACACUCAAUUGUCUCAUGACUAUGGCCAGUGUGAGCUCCACAGCUGCUUCUGCCCACUACAUAAAGAAGUUUCUCUGACAAAAGCUGGCUCUAGCACUCACCUAUGGACCCGAACACAACAGGCAGUUUGUUGUCUUAAUGGAAAUCCCUGACGUUUUAAAGCUGUGUCUUCAGUGUGGUCUGUGGUCCUCAUGGUUUUACAUUUGAUAGUCCUGACACACACUGGUCUUAUUUUCCACUCUUUUUCUUCAAGUAGUGCACUGUGCCUAUUUUUAAUUUCUAUUUGUCUUUCACUGAAUUAAAAAUACAGAAGCUUCAAGACUUUUGGUGUCAUCCUUGCACAGGGGCUGUGCUAAUCUCUACCCUGUUCUGCUGUUAGUACAUGUCCUGCAAAAGUGGGCCCAUGCCACAGAAUUUAAAAUGCUUUCUUAAGCCUGUAGAAUAAGUCACUUAAACAUGUAGCAUUCUAAUUAACCUUGAAAGCUCAUAUCUAUCAGACAAUUUGUAGAAAUUUGAAAGUUUUUAAUGUAUUUUUUCCAGUUUUAGUGGGAAAUUUACACUAGUGUGAUUGAUAUUUACAGGAACCAAACCUUCUUAAAUCCCACCUCUAAAGGGAUAGAGAGGCUAGGUCAGGUUAUUAGAUUGAGAGAAAUUAACACAGCAUGAAGUCAUACAUGGCUUUUUACAGUAUUAUGUUUCAGGUUUGUUGCUGCAUCCCAUUACAUUUAUGACAUUUAUUAAAUUAAAUUAAACAAUUGUUAGAUUAAACAAAACUUGGAAAUAGCUGUGGGAGUGGUUGGUUGAGUGCCUGGCAUCUUAAGCUACAUAUAAAGGUGUCAUUAGAUGACUUCAGCUGAAAGAUUUUUGGUUUUGCUGCUUACUCUUGUAGUAAAAACCUCAAUAUUUUCCUGUCUUAUUUUUAGCUACAUAGAGUUUUUAAAUUUCAUUUGAUCACUUUCAUAUUUACCCAGUGGCUCUUUAUCUUUCCAUAUCAACUAGGUUUCUCAAUUUUUUUGUAGGCUUGGAAACAAUAAUUGACAUUUUAUCCCUUUAUACAUAGAGAAACACACACACUGUGAAAGGAAAGGAAACAGCACAUUUCCCCCUUUCAAUUCCCUCAUUACUGAAUGCAUUUUUAUUAGUUAUUGAGCCAUCGCUAAGUCUUAGGAUUUUUUUUUUUGACCAAAUAGAUUAAUACUGAGAAAUCUCAAGUUUUCCAUCUAACGGGUGGAAAUAACAUUUUAAGACUUGCUUUAAUUUCAUAAUCACUAUAUGCUUAUUUAUGAUUUUUAAUACUUGGCAAGGAAUAUUAAGGUCCUUAAAAUAUAAAGUGUGUGUGUGUGUGUGUGUGUGUGUGUGUGUGUGUGUGUGUGUGUACCAGUGCAUUAAAGUACUGUUUUGUGUCAGCUCAGGUGUUCAUGAGAACAGGAGUAUGUAAUGCCGGCCCUUAAUUUCAAAUGCACUUUUAUGCUUAGUUUUUCUUACUGUUAAACUUUUACACUGAUAUGUAAAAUAAAAAGAAAUAACUUUUGAUUCUCUUUAUCUUUAUUAAUAAUAUUUGAAAUGCAGCUAUUUAACACAUGAUAUGGUUGCUACUGUGUUUUCAGAUAUUUCAUUAAAAAAAAAACACCCACUUUUUAAAGCAGUGAAACAUUACUUGGUGGACUAGAGGGCCUAAUGAGCCAUCUUUUCAAUUAGGCAAGCAUUCUAACAAAGGACCAAAUGGUCUAAAAGAGGAAUGAGUGUCUUUAUUUAACUUCUCCACAUGAAGCUCGAGCAUAGUCUAUCUUUUUAUUGAGUGAGGCAAAUUGAAAGGAAAUCUCUAACACCUUUUAUUGUCUGAAUAGAAAAAAGUAUCAAAAUGAACAGCCUGAAUCAGUCAUGAAAUAGCUAAAAACCCUUGUCCAGCAACCAUAACAGAGUAUGUAAAGUCCUUAAAAUUCUCUGUAAACCAAGGAAGAUGAAAGAAUAGCCUGACAAAUCAUCUCCACUUUCCCCUCUAAAAUACAGUUUUUCAUUACAAAUGGGAGCCAGGCAUGGUUACUCAUACAUGUAGCCCCAACACUUAGGAGGCCAAGUGAGGCAGGGGAAUUAUGGAUUUCAGCCUGCCCUGGGGACCUUGUAAGAUUCUGUCCCAAAUACAAUAAAAAAAUAAAAACAAAAGUAGAGAGAACCAGGUUAUUCAAGCAGUUCUUGCAAACCUUUAAUAAUCUGUAGGCAUUACAGCUCUGAAUCUGGGUUCCCCUUUUGGUUUCAUUUCUAUAAGACAGAUACUUUCAUAUAAAUGGAAACAUUUUUUUUCCUCAAACCAGUUAUUCGACAUGCUCCUUAUAUUAAGGAUUAUAUAACCACGUGUUUGUAAAUGCCCUCUGUGUAACUUUUUUCCUAUUAUAUGGUUCUUUUUCAGUUAAUUUAAUCUUCUGCUGGUGUAGGGGCCAAUAGAUUUGUGAAUAUUCUGUGGAUGUGUCCAUGUAUACAUGUAUAUAUAAAAAUGUAUAUAUUUUCCAUCUAAUACCUCAGAUGUGUGAUUGUUUAAUAAGUACCAUAUUGUUUGCACAGUGCAGGGCUUCCAUUAGUAGGUUCUUAUUUCAAAAUUUGAUCAUUAGUCAAUAGAAUUUUAUUGGUGUGAAAUCUCUCAGUUGAUCUCUACGUUUUAAUGCACAUUCCUAUUGGAAGGCCCGCAUGCCAUCUAAAAUGGUAUUUUUCUGAGUCUGGUAACCCAGAAGUGGUCCUUGAAAUGACCUGGUCUAAUAAGUUAUUAAAACUUGGGGUGACUGGUUGCUGAGAUGUGUCAUAACUGCAAAGAGGUGACAGACACCUGAUGCAAGUGCCAGCAAGUCUUGCUGGUUUCACUGUAAGAUUAUGCUUAGCCUUUCCAGGGUAACGUUCACAUAGGAGCGGACUUUGAGUGACACCAUAGCCUUUCAUCAUUACCUUCAAAAUUAAUUGGUUUUUGGUUGGGUGACUACAGUAAGAGACAUUUGGUAUUUGUAAUUUAUUUGUAUUAAGAAGUGCUUCAUCUUUGCUUUAUUUCUGGUCUUUAGAUUGCUGUGUAAGACCUUCCAUUUAAAGAUUUGGGUUUUGUUGUUAUUGUUUUGUGUUUUAAGCUACAGGUAUUUUCUAAGGUGUGACAUAGGUUUUCAAGGUUUGGUGAGAUUUUAAUGGAAGCCUUGUGUGUGUAAAAUGAAGUGCUAUUGGUAAAGGCGAUCUCCGGUAGUGCAUUCAAGAUCACAUAAUUAGGUUUAAAAACAAAAGGUCUGAUUUGUAAAAAUUUAAUAUUAUAUCAGACUUAUAUAAGAUUUCGUGUGAGAACUCUUAAGCUGCUUUUGAUUUUUAAUGGAUGUUCUAAUGAAUGAUUUACAAAUUUUUGUCUCAGUCUCUGUAAUUUAUCUCAGCAUAUUAAUAAAAAGAAGGGAUGUUCUCACCAUAAAA